AUGUCUAGUGGCAUCGUGUACCAAGGUGUCCCAUACUCGCGUGAAACCAAUGACAAUGACAGCGAUCAGACCUUGUUCGCAGGGCAGAAGCUCUGGUUCUCUCAUGUCAUUCCACAGCGCAGAUGGCUGAUCGAAAAUGCGCGACGUAAUGGGGCAGUCAUUGUGGACACCGAUACGGAUGCCGACGUGAGACUUGUCGACCAUGCGAAGAAGAACAACGCCCCCGGAACACACUCCUACAAGUACGUUGAAUCGUCCAUCCGCAAUGGCAGACUCGAGGACCUUACGACCCAUACAGUUGGCGCACCUUCGAGAGUUACGAGACCUAUCGGCAGUAGCGUGACGUCGUCCAAAGGAGGGAGGACUCCUUUCACACCUGCAGAUGAUCAGUUCCUUUGGAAUUGGCUGAAACCGUUUGUGGACCGCGGCGGCUCGUGGAAAGGGAAUGAGAUCUACAAACAGCUGGAAGAAGUGAAUCCAAGACAUACCUUUCAGAGUUGGCGCGACAGAUGGAUCAAACAUACACAGUAUCAGAAGAGACAAGUCACCGAGAUCGUCGAACCCAACCAUCAUCAACAACCAGAGGGACCAGCUGCAGCGCCGUCGGCCCCUGCCGCGCAGAAGAAGAGGCGGAGAGAGUUGGAUGACGAUGGGGAGGCUUGGCGGAUGAAACAUGGCCAGGAACAGCGCAGUGAGAGACCCUUACGUACGGAGAGAUCUGCUGCCCCGAAAUCUCCUGUUACCGCCACGCCAGUGCGAGCAAUCCGAGAGCGCAUCCCAUAUCAGACUUCCGCUGGCCGUCAAACUAGGGUGGACGUUGCAACGAAAACGCAGCCAGCCGUUUCCAAGCCCUUCACAGAGGAGGAGGCUGAUAUGCUGUAUGGUCUUGUCGCGACUGUCAGGGGGAUGAAACUUGAGGAGUUUGAUGCGCUUUGGGAGGUGCUGGCCGAGCAGAAUGAUAGGCACACGGCUGCCGGGUGGAAGGGUCAUUUUGUCGCGAAGGUACUCCCUGACUAUUGCAGAAGAAAUGGGCUCGCCAUCUCAAAGGUUACGCCUUUCUUGUCUCAAGAAUUUCAAAAUGGCACUGCCGCUGUCUCUGGGGGCCUUGAGAGUCAGACAGGCUGUCGCACGGGAUCCGUGGCGGCGUCAAGCCAGGGUGAGUUGCAAUGCGCUAUCUGCUUCAUUGACGAACCUAGCAAGUGGCGGCAGGACAAAGAAGGCCGAGUUCUUUGCCAUGAUUGCUACAGGCUCGUGAAGGUGCAUGGAUUCCGGAGGGCGUCGAUGCUAAGAGCUGGACAGGAGGGGGAGGGGGGAGGUAAAGCCCGCGACGCAGAGAUAAUGGAGGAAAGAGAAGGUGAAGAAGAACAAACUUCACAUAUUUCGCCUGAAGACAACAAUGUUUCUACGCAAACCGUCCCAACUUGCAGACAUACGACGCUUUCAGAUGAAAUCGUCGAAGCUUCGCAAAGCGCAGAUCAGACCAGCCCUCAAUCGCGGCGCCGGACAAGAUCACCUUCAUUCCAACCUGAUUCUCCUCCCUUCACUCGUCUCCCCGAGUCCAACACCUCGAGAAAGAGAAGUGCGGGAAGAAGUACACAAUCUCAGUCGACACAGCCCUCGAAUCCGUCAAAUGUAAACAGUCAGGAUAGCGCCUCCGGUACUCACAGUCAAAGUCAAGAGCGGGCGUCUCAGGCUGCGGUGGCCGCUAUGGGGGCGGAGCAGUCGACGGAGAGUCAUCCUCAAUCAGUCGGCCCACAAGCCGGCGCCCGUGGAACAUCCUCGAUUGUUGCCCCUGCAUUCCGAACAUCCUCAAGAGACACGCGAAAAGGGCUGCAUAAUGAGCCAACACUUUUACCCACACAGCAGCACUCUUCACUGAGCACUGAUGGCCGGCCCAGUAGCCAGCGAACUGCCCACCUGGUUAGCACCGACACCGACAAAAAGAGCCAGAAGAUGCCUGCGCUAACAUCACCGCCCAUACCAACGUCGCCAUCAGGACGAUCCGAGACACAAGUGCGUGGCACUUCAUGGCUUUUUGUUUCAGAGAGUGAAGAUGACGACAACGCCGAAGGCGACGCAGAGGCUAACGGUAGACUACUUCGAGACGCCGCUGGCGCUCAAGCCUCACCUUCUACUAGUGUGCAACUGUUCAGCGACAAACCAGGUCCCAAUGUCCACUCAUCCUCGGAAUAUGAUGUUGAUGAGACGGAUGAAGAUGUCGAAGUCGAUUUCGCCGACCUCGUACCGCCGAACAAGCGCCAGAGAUCGGAUGAAUUUGAGACUGCCCAAGAGAUACGGGAGAACUAUGAGACGGCGCAAGAGGAAAAGGCCCAACAAGACAAAAAUCAACGUGGAUGCAGGGAAGCACCGUCCGACCAACUCACUAGCGACGAGGAUAUCGACCUGACAGAGCUUCCUGACCCGGAAGGAGGAUUCGAAGCUUAUGGCGUUGAUGCUUCAGUCAUGCCUCCUGACGAUGAAAGUAACGAUGCUUUUGACUCCACCGAGCACCCCGCCUCCGAGGGGAAAGAUCGUGACGAAUCGCCCGAGAUUAAGAUCGAAGACGAAACCUGGCUCAGACCUCGCCACGGGGCUAUGCUACCCCUUGAAGAUUCACAAUAUCUCUCCAUUCCCAGUGCCGAAAGCCUAGGAGAGCCCGUCGAAUGGCAAGAAGGCGCACAGAGAGCUGAGGUGCACUACGUGAAACAAGAGGAUGACAAUGAUGAGGCACAAUUGCAGAAGGAGAGGCGGAUUGCAGUACACUGUCAAGAAACACAACAGCCCGAAGCAGAGCCUCAAGACGCACGACACAAAGGAGCACAAUCGAGAGAAGCAGAACACGCAAGACAGGGACGAAGCUCAACAACAUCAGUUCCAGAUCAAGCACAACCUUUGCCUACCCCCGAACACCCGAUGGACAAGUGGUUCGACGAGCAACGCAAGUCUUACCCGACCACCCGCGCCUGCGAACAGGUGCUUCUCAAAGCCGCCGAAUCCACCACCUUCCAAUGGGAGCUCGCCAGCACCAUCGUGCCCAUUAUGCUCAGUAACCGCCAUGCCCACGCCACUCGCCUGCGUCGCCAACGCAGAGGCAAGGAGCUCUCAACGGCAGAGCUCGCAAUGUUCGACCACGACAAGUUCCUGCCUAGGGAUAUUCAAGGAGUGUGGACUGUGGAGGACGAUAAGGACUUGUGCAGUAAGGAUGGGGAGAGGCAGAAUCGCGUGUUGAGAAAGCACGGCCGCUCAAGCUGCGCUGCUAGAUUUGAGUUCUUGAAGGAUGCGUCUGACUAG